UCAAGGUCUCGGUUUCUUCUAAACAUCAGCGAGCAGAGCUGCAGGAUUUGGCGCCGUCGGACUCGGGUUUCCGCAACAUCAUAUUCAUAUGCCACGUAUUCUCUUUCCGUCAUCUACUUACUCUUGGCUUGCACAAAUAAGUGUUGAAAAGAAUGGCGAAGGGUUUUCUCGCGAACUUGAAAGGCGUAGACGCCUUCGGUAAGACUACAGACGAUGUCAAGAUCAAGACACGUACAGGUGCCUUCCUCACGCUCGUUUCUGCUGCAAUAAUCCUGUCGUUCACCCUCAUGGAGUUCAUCGACUACCGGAGAAUAUAUACCGAUACGUCUCUAAUUGUAGACAGGAGUAGAGGGGAGAAGUUGUCGAUGAGAAUGAAUGUGACUUUUCCGAGGGUGCCUUGCUAUCUCGUUAGCGUGGACGUUAUGGACAUCAGUGGCGAAACUCAGAGAGACAUCUCACACAGUGUUCGCAAGAUGCGGCUAGACCCUUCCGGGAAAGAGAUCCAUGGUUCGAGGUCAACAUCGUUGAAGAAUGAAGUGGAAAAAUACACUGAAGACCAGCCCUCGGAUUAUUGUGGUUCAUGUUAUGGUGGGUUGGAACCUGCAAGCGGAUGCUGCAAUACAUGUGAGGAGGUUAGGACGGCGUAUAUUAACAAGGGGUGGAGUUUUUCUAACCCUGAUACGAUCGAACAAUGUAAAAAAGAAGGCUGGGCAUCCAAGUUAAAAGAACAGGCCAAUGAGGGAUGUUCUGUCGUUGGUCGUGUCCGCGUCAACAAGGUUUCAGGAAACAUUCACCUCUCUCCUGGAAGAUCCUUCCAAAGCAGUGCGCGCGAUGUAUACGAACUCGUCCCGUAUCUCCGAGACGACGGAAGUAAGCAUGACUACUCACAUACUAUCCACGAGCUCACUUUCGAGAAUGACGAUGAUUACAACUAUCGUAAGGCAAGAAUUACUAAGGAAAUUAGGACGCGCCUUGGACUCGAUGAUCCUUUGAGAGGUACUACACGUACAACAACCAAACCACAGUACAUGUACCAGUACUUUUUGAAGGUUGUGUCGACACACUUCAAGACUAUGGAUGGCCAGUUGCUCAAAUCUCAUCAAUACAGCGCCACGCAUUUUGAGCGAGAUGUCGCCGAAGGCGGACGAGGUGACACUCCUCAGGGUGUUUACCUUCAGCAUGGAGUCUCGGGUGUUCCUGGUGUUUUCUUCAACUUUGAAAUCUCUCCCAUACUCGUUGUGCAUACUGAUACAAGACAGUCUUUUGCGCAUUUCGUUACCUCGACAUGUGCCAUUGUGGGAGGUGUUCUUACUGUAGCAUCCCUCUUUGACAGCAUGCUUUUCGCUACCACGCGGGCGCUGAAGAAACAUUAGUGUUCUUGUUUAUCAAUUUAUCUUUGCAUUUUCGCUACCACGCGGGUGCUGAAGAAACAUGAGUGUUCUUGUUUAUCAAUUUAUCUUUGCACAACGUUAUUCGGGGCUGCAAGUUGAGAAGGGAGAAGUUGGAAAGACGAGGGACAAAGAUGCUAAUCCAUAGUUUCUAAUGUGCACAGAGUGAACAAAAUGUUGUUCUUAUAGCGGGUACUAGUACCUCACCAACCACAACAGAUGUACUCGCUUCAAUGUCUUCGAGUACAUGGCAAAGAGAAUCACAAUUUUCUGAAUCCUAUAAUGCACUGUUGUGGCAGCGUAAGUAGUGUACAUACUAGGAGAUGAAACUAUUGAGGUUUUCGGUU